ACAUCGCUUCUCUCUUACUUGAUUGUCACCGUCUCAUAGUUUGAUUUCGAGGGUAAAUUAAAAAGAAAAAAGAAAGAUGUUUUAUUCGCAUGUUUACUUGGCUCGGAAGGGUCCUCUGGGAACGGUUUGGGCCGCCGCGCACUUGCAACAACGCCUCAAGAAGUCUCACUACACCGCCACCAACAUCCCCAAAACUGUUGAUCUUAUAAUGUUCCCGGAGGCACCUUUGGCGUUGAGAUUGUCGGGUCAUCUUUUACUUGGUGUUGUCCGAAUCUAUUCAAAGCAAGUUGAUUAUCUCUUCCGUGACUGUGCUCUCUUCACCACUUGGUUAUCUAAGUCUUUUGUUUCUACUCAAGUUGAUUUGCCUGAGGAUGCGAGGCAGGCUCCCGUUGAGUCUGUUACUUUGCCUCAAGCACUUAACUUGGAUGACUUCCAAUUAGAUGAUGACACGCAUGAAGGGGAGUUUGAUAAUCAUCUUAGGAGUCAAGAAGAUAUCACUCUCACAGAUCAAAUCCCCACUGGUGUUGAUCCUUAUGUUGCUAUAACAUUCGAUGAGGACAUCAGUUCAGGACCUAGCCCAAUGGAUGUCGACCAAUCUACAGAGCCUGUGAGUGCGCACCCUGGUGAUACUGAUGUUGAAAUGGCUUUUGAGACAGAACCGCUUAAUCUCAGUCCAGAGAGAGGCAAUGCCAAUUCUCCUGGAAGUGUUCCUGAAGUUGAGAUAAGGCGUGAUGCUGCUGCUGCUCACGGUUUAAGCCCUGCGUCCCAUUUACCAUUCGCUACAGAACACACUGAACCUUUAGAUGAAACUAUGAAAGAGAAGGAACCCAGUAUCCCUAACAUUGAUGAUGAAGUGUUGAGUUCUAGAGGGCAGGCGUUUGAGCUUCGCUCAGGAUCUCCAGGUUUUGCUGGUUUUGAGGAAGAACGUGAUAAUUUUGUGCAUCCAUCACCUCAACUAGCUCUUCAGCCAAGUCCUCCUCCUCCUCCUGCACAACAACCAAGGCCAAGGAAGAGGAAGCACUUCGAUAAAGUCACGGUAUUAACUAACAGGAUCAUGAGAGAGAGGCUUGAGGAUCCUAGUGAUACUCUUCGUAAGAGAAAAAAGUUGCCUUCCUCUAAACUAAGUAUGUGGAGAAUGAAUAACCAGUCCAAGAAGGAUCAAAUUUUCAGUGAGCCCUUGCUUACAGGCUUUUCAGAUGCUUUACGCAGUGUCUUUGAUAAGGACUGUGUAUCUUCGAAGCCAUAUCUUGCUGUUCCCAGUGAAAGUAUUCCAGAACCUGCACCUGUAUCAUCUCCUACUCGUGAAGCUGAGGCAGGAGUUCACCCUACCUCUUCAGUUCCUCAAUCUGCGGUUCCUGACUCUACUCAUCCAGACGAUACACUUCAGCGGUCUCCGGUUCGGCAAACUGAAGAUGUCCAAGACUCUGCAGGUCCUCAAUCCGCGCGUGGAGAGUCUGUACCAAGAGAAGCACAAUCUCCACGGCCAUUUAAUGAUGAUGACACAGGAAUCGAACGCUUCAGGGAUGGUGGUUACACUGACUUCAUGCCGUCUCCACCUCCAAGGUUUUCACCUUCUAGUAGAACCGGUGACUUCACCACUCAGACUAGUAGAGCUUCGGAGACGGAAUCUUAUAGAACAGAGCCUUCAACUUCCGCAUAUCGAGAUGAUAUGCCUGGACUAAUGACCUCAGGGAUCUCAGCUAUUCCUGAAAUGGCAGACGAGGAGCUUUAUUUCCUGGAUGUAGGUGGCAACACUCCGGUGAGAUCACCAGCUAGUCAAGAUUCUGAUGCUUUGACAGGGAGAACAAGAGCCUUGGCUCAGUAUCUUAAAGAACGCUCUUCUGUUAGUCCCUCUUCAAGCACUUCUUCAGGAGAUCUAAGUUUGGGAAAGAUCUUGGAGGGAAAGACAAGGAAGCUAGCUGCUCGAAUGUUCUUUGAGACACUGGUGUUGAAGUCUAGAGGACUUAUUGAUAUGCACCAGGAGCAACCUUACAGCGAUAUCACUCUGAAGUUGAUGCCUGGCCUUUUUUCAAAGGUUCCAGAAUGAAUAAACAAUGCUCACUGGAUUUUAUUUAUGUGUAUAAUAUUAGCUUAGAUUCUAGACAAGGAAGUGGUCAUCCUCAGUUUGUUGAUCCCC